CUUUACUCUCUUUCUUCGUUUCUCAACAACUUUCAAUCACUGCAAAGAUCACAUGUUUUCUGGAUCCUACCUUCCAACGUUUCCUCAACCCUUCUGUGCUCUACUUUUGCCUUCUUUACCCCAUCACCAAAUUCUGAAGUCACUUUCCUCUCUAUACUUUUACAAGUAAUUUUUGUUUCCCUCCAAGAAUUGGAAUUGAACAAAAUGAAACAAGUAUCUGCUUGCAACUAUGACUUGGGAUAUUGCACAAGUUGUUAUUCCUCAAUAUUUUAUAUCUUGGUUUUUCGUUGUCCCGGGUGCUAACAAUAACAUGGACCAAUCAGUUCUUUCACUGCAAGCUCUUAAAUGGAUCUUUCACUGAAGGUGGAUUGUUUCACUUGUUUGGUGAAUUAGUUUGGAACUCAGCAUAGCUAAAUCAUGAAACAACACUUUGAUCUUGAAGUGGUGGCCUCAGCAGAAUAUGAAUCUGAAGUUAGAAGCCAGGUUCAAGAAACCUAUGCAGGUCCUUGCAGUGACAACCUCACCAACUCUCCCCAUAAACCAAUAGAAUUUCAUCUCCAUUCAGAUGCUAUCUCCCUUGACUUAACUCUCAACUUCAACAACAGUGACUUGGUGGUUACAGAUUCAACAGGACUCUCAUUCUCAAGCACUACCAGCGAGAGCAACAACAACGAUCCUCCCUCUCAAACCAUGCCACGGGUCUUCUCUUGCAAUUACUGUAACCGCAAGUUUUUGAGUUCUCAGGCUCUUGGAGGCCACCAAAAUGCACACAAGAGAGAAAGAACAUUAGCAAAGAGAGCCUUACGCAUGGGGUUUUUCUCUGAGAGGUAUGCCAGUCUUGCAUCUCUCCCUCUUCAUGGUUCUUUCAGGUCCUUGGGGAUAAAGGCACACUCUUCACUGCACCACGGCUUUUCACCAACAAUGAGGCCUUCUGAGAUGAAAAGCAGUGCAAGAUUUGAGCAAGGAUAUGUUGGUUUUCCAAUAUUCUUGGAGGAGGAUGAAGCAGAACUCUUGUGGCAAGGUAGUUACCAUCAGGUUCCCUCUAAUGGAGGCCAUACUCAUCAGAAUUUCACACUGAGUGGAACCUCUAAUUUGAGUUUUACUGGGGUGAAUCAUCCACCGGUUGACAUAGAGAACUCAACACCUGAGUUGACAUUGAAACUUUAAAGGGAUUAUUUGACAAAUUUCUGGCUUCUGCUAUUUAUUUAUCGUAUUUCUGUACAGUACGACAUGCAUGAAAGCAAUGGUGCCAGAUUGAUCACUUUCAUUGUUAAACUUGCUGAUCUCAUGUGAUUUUGUUCUCAGGUUUUCCUCUUACAAAUCCUUGGUUUGGUGUUUUUCUCUGUAUUUGUUACUGUAUAAUUACUUUGAGAGGACAAGUUUCCAGGUUCUGUGUUUGCCAAAUAAAUCAUGUUUUAUUUCUACUGUAAA